AUGGCAUCUGAUUCCUCGUCAUCUUACCCAGUCGUCAUCGUCGGAGGCGGUCCAACUGGUUUAUCCACCUCAAUCCUCCUAUCGCAGAGCAACAUCCCCCAUAUCCUUUUUGAACGGUAUCCUUCAACAUCCAUCCACCCAAAAGCAUGUGGCUACAACCACCGCACAGUGGAGAUUUGGCGUCGCAUGGGAAUUGAAGAGGAGCUGAUCAAGCGACGAGCCCCAUCAGACAAUGUCAGCAGAACAGCCUGGUAUACCAGCUUUGGACCUCACGGAAGGGAAAUCCUUGGCCGUGACUCCUGGGGCGGCGGAGCAUACGAAGAAGAAUACGCCUCUGCCUCGCCGUGCCAGUAUUCAAUAUUGCCACAAAUCAGACUCGAACCGAUAUUGCAGAAAAAGGCGUUGGAACUGAACCCCAAAGGAAUCUUUUACAAUACCGAAGUUCAAAAGGUUGAGGAAGAUGAUGACGGUGUCGUUGUCACGUAUCUACAGAGAGGCCUGGAACCGAUGACGGUCAAAGCACAGUAUGUUAUUGGUGCCGACGGUGGCCGCAUGCUGACAGAUCACCUGGGAAUUGGCUGGGAGGGCGAGCGGGAUAUUGUUGAUAUGGUAUCUGCUCACGUUCGAGCUCCUAUAUCUCUCGCACACCCUGAUAUCCGCAACUUCAUCACCUGGUUCGUCAACCCAAAGCUGGGUGGCACCAUUGGUUCAGGAUACCUUUACCACUUAGGCCCCUAUCCCAUGACGCCUGACACAGAGGAAUGGGUCUUUGCAUGUGCUCUUAGCCCGACAGAUCCAAAACGUCUCGAUGAGUCGGCAAUGUUGAAGCGCAUGCAAAAUACGUUGCAGAUUCCUGACCUCAAAGUUGAGCUACUGUCCACAAACCACUGGUACGUGAACGCGCUAUGUGCUACACGAUAUCGCAGCAAGAAAUCCACAGGCCGAGUAUUUCUGGUUGGGGAUGCCGCGCACCGCAUUCCUCCUUGGGGGGCAUUGGGACUUAACACGGGCAUUCAAGACGUGGAUAAUCUGGUGUGGAAGCUGAAUUUCGCCAUCAACGGAAUUCCGUCAGCCAUCGGGGUGGAUAGUGACUGCAACGCACUCCUCGAUACGUACGACACCGAGCGUCGACCGAUUGGUCAACGUGUGCGAGACCGCGCGCUGCAUAACCUACAGGCUUUCGGCCUGGUCAUGGACAAAGCCAUCGGCGUCUCUACUGCAAAUAGCCAAAGCGAAAAUGUUGCAAAUAUGAAUUCGUUCUUUGAUUCGUCGCCCGAAAAUACAGACGGUUCCAUGCGCCGAGAAGCAGUUCAGGGCGCGCAGAAGAUCCUUGACAACGAAUUCCACGCCCUGGGAGCCGAGAUUGGCUGGUUCUAUCCUGACGUCGAUGUCGGCGGGGAGGGCAAAAAGAAUAACCACAGCGGACAGCUCACGGACACUGGCGAGAUGGAUUUAUUGUUUUACCAUCCCUCGACAAUUCCGGGACAUCACCUGCCACACGCGUGGUUGGCGAAGGGGAAAGAGAGGUUGUCGACUAGAGAUUUAGUCAAGUACGACAGAUUCAUCCUUAUUACCUCAAGGCCGGAGUUGUGGAGACUGGCUGUGGAAGAAUUGAAUGGAUUGGUGACCUUGAUUGGCAUCGCAGAUACGAGCGAAGUGGCAGAUGAUAAGACUUUCUGGAAGGAUACAGAUGAGAAAUGGGCCUCUCAACGUGGUGUUUGUAGCUCUGGCGCAGUGCUGGUUCGUCCUGACGGGAUAGUUGUCUGGCGGGCGGAAGAAUUCGAUCAGGACGGCCACGGUAAGAUUGGAUGGCUGCGAGAUGUCCUGCGCAAGGCUUUCUGCGUUGAUAACUCACCUUCAUAG